AUAUUCUCCUCUGCUAAAGCCUUCUUUUUCCUGAGUCUGCUCCAUAUACAACCAUGUCUCUCCUUUUUCCGUCUCUUGUUCCUCCUUUUGUUUUCACCUGUUUGCUUAUUUUCUUGCUCACAGGUAACUCCUCAGUACUUUCUCAAGCCAAAACCACCAACACUACUCGCUCACACAUUCAGCUUUCCAUUGAUUACUACACAAAAUCCUGCCCUCAGGUGGAGCAACUCAUUGGCUCCAUCACUUCCCAACAGUUCAAAGAUGUUCCUGUCUCUGCUCCAGCCACCAUUCGCCUGUUCUUCCAUGACUGCUUUGUAGAAGGUUGUGAUGGGUCUGUUUUGAUAUCCACCGAACCUGGAAGCAACGUGCUGGCAGAGAAGGAAGCUGAGGAUAACAAGGACCUAAGGACGGAGGCCUUUGAGACCAUAACAAAAGCAAAGUCCCUGGUGGAGAGCGAGUGCCCUGGAGUUGUAUCCUGUGCAGAUAUUCUUGCAAUUGCAGCCAGAGAUUUUAUCCACUUGGCAGGAGGACCUUACUACCAAGUGAAGAAGGGAAGGUGGGAUGGAAAGGUAUCGAUGGCAUCCAUGGUUUCUUCCAAUCUCCCACGCGCAAAUUCAACCGUCAAUCAACUGAUCGACCUCUUCACAUCCAAAGGGCUAGCCCUGGAGGACCUGGUGGCGCUCUCCGGUGCCCACACGAUCGGAUUUGCCCAUUGCAGGCACUUCUUGAGCCGGCUCUACAAUUACGAAGGCACCAACAAAUCUGAUCCGAUCAUCGACCCGAGACUCCUCGAGGCCCUGAGAAUGUCGUGCCCACAUUUCGGCGGCAACACAGACAUUGCUGCUCCGUUUGAUGUCAGCACUCCGUUCUUGUUCGAUCAUGCCUAUUUUGCAAAUCUGGAGGCUAAAUUGGGAUUGCUGGCUUCGGAUCAAGCUCUGUUUUCGGACGCCAGGACGCAGCCUCUGGUUCAGGCUCUGGGGAUGGAUAAGCAAAGGUUCUUCCAAGCGUUUUCAGCAGCAAUGGAGAAGAUGGGGUCGAUAGAGGUCAAGAGAGGAAGAAGACAUGGGGAGAAGAGGAAAGUUUGUAGCAUGCACGCUUGAAGCUUGUGGGUGAUUUUUGAUAUUAACGCAGUGGCUUUUGUGAAUGCUCCCUUUUCUUCUUUUCUUUUUUUUGAAUGUUUUGUUGAGAAAACUUGUGAAUUUUAUUGUUCUAAUUACCAAAAAAAAAAGCUAGUCCCCAUUGUUAUGUUAUAUUGAUUUUUCUUUUCAAAAAAAUUUAAUCUAAUUU